AUGCGAUUCCACGUCUCUGCUGUGGCCUUGGCCGCCACUGCCUCCGCCCUCGUCAUUGGGGAGCGAGCUUCAGACGACCAGUACGUUAUCGAGUUGGCCCCGGGGGUCACCAAAGUGGUCACGGAGGCGGAGAAAUGGGCUCUCAAGGCUGAAGGAAAACAUUUCUUCGAUAUCACCGCCGAGGCAGACCACGGACACCCAACCAGCAAGUCAUUGCUGCAGAACCUGGCCGUGACCUACCCAGGAAACGUGGAGCACAACGACACGGUGCAUGAUCUGAUCACCAAGCUGGACCAGGCCAACUUCAAGAAGAACCUGCAGCCGUUCAGCGACUUCCACAACCGCUACUACAAGAGCGACAAUGGGAAGAAGUCGUCAGAGUGGCUGCAGCAGCAGAUCAAGGGCGUGAUAGACAGCAGCAGCGCCAAGGGCGUCACUGUGCAACCAUUUAGCCACUCUUGGCCUCAAUCCAGCAUCAUCGUCACCGUUCCCGGCAAGAGCGAGAAGAAAGUUGUUUUGGGUGCUCACCAGGACUCGAUCAAUCAAAUGUCGCCCUCCUCCGGCCGGGCGCCUGGUGCUGAUGACGAUGGAUCAGGAGUGGUCACCAUCCUCGAGACCCUCCGCGUCCUCCUGCAGGACUCCAAAGUAGCCGCCGGUGAAGCCCCGAACUCGAUUGAAUUCCACUUCUACGCCGCAGAGGAGGGAGGCCUCCUCGGCAGCCAGGACAUAUUCCGGAAGUAUUCGCAGGACAAGAAGCAGGUUGUGGCGAUGCUUCAGCAGGACAUGACGGGCUACACGAAAGGCACGACGGAGAAAGGCAAGGAUCCCAUCAUCGGGGUCUUGACCGAUAAUGUCGACGAUGGUCUCACUGCGUUCCUCAAGAAGGUCAUUGAUGCGUACUGCGAAAUCGGCUGGGUGGAGUCGCAGUGCGGAUAUGCCUGCUCCGACCAUGCGUCGGCCACCAAGUAUGGCUAUCCUAGCUCAUUUGCCUUUGAGUCAGCGUUUGGCGAUGAUAGUCCUUAUAUCCACUCGGCAGAUGAUACGAUCGAGACGGUUGACUUCGACCACGUGUUGCAGCAUGCGCGGUUGUCCCUGGGUUUUGCUUACGAGUUGGGAUUUGCGUCUCUGUAG